AUGUCCAAAAUUCUGGGAAAGUAUCAGCAUGAACGAAGCGAGAAUCUUGACGAGUACUUCAAGACUCUAGAGCUGCCUUACCUGGUCAGGAAGAUGAUCAACAUGUCCAACCCGAAGAUCGAGGUGACCAAAGAGGGGGACAAGUGGAUAGUAACGACUGUGACUAUGAUGCGCACGCAAGUCUGGGAAUUCACGCUUGGAACUGAGUGGGAAGAGGUGAUGCCAUCUGGCGUUAAACUCCAGAAUACUACUACCAUUGAGGACGACAGCUUGAUUAUUACCAUCAUAAUAGUAGUAGUUACCAUCAGGAUAGUAAAUACUACAAUUCAGAUGGUUUACUUAAUUAUUCAAAGGAACCAUCCAUGA